AAUAAGACGCUUACUGGAAAACUUCGUCGUUCAACGUUCAACGAUUGAAGCAAGUCGCCCUGAUGGAGUGAUGUGGACAGUAGUUAUGCCAUAGCUCAAUUAUGUAAUUCACCAGUACAAUACUGUUUAGAAACUGAAUCCAAACAAAGGAACAAUUAGUGCAGCAUUUGAGAGAACUCCAUAGUGUUGCUGUAACCAUGGCGACAGGUGGCUUGAACUUGCCACCCUCUGUGGUGGCAAGAAAGGCCAAGAUGGAGGAGAAUGAGCCCCAGAAAAUGUCCCGAGAGGACUGGAGGAAGGAAAAAGAGUUGGAAGAGAUGAGGAAGGCAGGAACAGCUCCAGCCAUGAAGGAUGAAGAGGGCAGGGACAUCAAUCCCCACAUCCCUCAGUACAUCAUGCAGGCACCCUGGUACUUUGGAGCAGAGGCAGCCACGCUCAAACAUCAGCGCCAACAGCCAGAGAAACUCAAGGAACUUAGCUUACUUGGAAAACUCUUCAAGAAGGGAGUUAUAGAGGGUUCUGUUGCCACAAAAUACAGGAAGGGUGCAUGUGAAAACUGUGGCGCUCUGACACAUAAAAAGAAAGAUUGCGUUGAGAGACCUAGAAAAGUUGGUGCAAAGUUUUCUGGAGACAAUUUUGGCCCAGAUGAGCAUAUUGUUCCGAUUCUGGAGCAUGACUUUAAUGGGAAGAGGGAUCGAUGGAAUGGCUACGACCCGGAUGACCAUCAGCGGAUUCAUGAGGAGUGGGCCAGAAUAGAGGAGGCAAAGCGUAUGCUGAAGGAGGAGAAACUAGAUGCUUCCUUCAAGGCGAGGGAGGGAGAGGAGCAGGAGGGCAGGGCUCACAACAGUGAGGAUGAGGAUAAAUAUGCUGAUGAUGUUGACAUGCCUGGACAGAAGUUUGAAACCAAGCAGCGAAUUACAGUCAGAAAUCUCCGUAUUCGAGAGGACACCGCCAAGUAUUUGUACAACUUGGAUCCUAACUCAGCCUUUUACGAUCCGAAAACAAGAUCCAUGCGUCAAAAUCCAUUUGAAAAAACAAGUCAUGACCAAUCUGAGGUUCAAUUUACUGGUGAUAACUUCGUGCGAUUCUCCGGUGAUGCUCAUGAGUUCUCAACAAAGCAAGUGUUUGCGUGGGAUGCCUAUGAGAGCGGAACUGAUGUCCACCUCCAGGCUGACCCCACCAAGCUGGAGCUUUUGUCUAAGGAGGUAGACAAGAGGAAGGACACUUUCAAAACGACAGCCAAGGAUAGCAUCCUGGCCAAGUAUGGAGGGGAGGAACACCUGGAGGCACCAUCCAAACAGCUAUUACUGGCCCAGACUGAGAACUAUGUUGAGUACUCACGCCAUGGGACGGUCAUUAAGGGCCAGGAGAAGGGAGCUGUUCGUUCAAAGUAUGAAGAGGAUGUGUACAACAACAACCAUACAAGUGUAUGGGGUUCGCACUGGAAGGAGGGACGCUGGGGUUACAAGUGCUGUCACUCAAUAGUCAAGGAGGCCUACUGUACAGGGGAGGCCGGUAAAGUAGCUGCACAGAACAUGUUGAUGAUCGAGAACCAAGACCAUGCUGGUUCUGAGGAGGAGGAGGAGGAGGAAGCCCCAAAGUCAUUACAAGAGCAACACCAAGAAAAAUUGAAAUUAAAAGAUAAAAAGAAAAAGAAGAAAAAGAAAAGGAAGAAACAUAAGAAGUCAUCAAGUAGCAGCAGUGAAGAAGAGGAGGACGAAGAAAAAAUAAAGGAAAAGAAAUUGAAGGAGGCGUUAAAGAAAGAAGAGGAUCACCAGAAGAAAAUGAAGGAGUUUAUGAGGAUGGAUGAGAGGAAGCGUCCCUACAACAGCAUGUAUGCCGAGGCAGCCCCCACAGAGGAGGAGAUGGAAGCUUGGCGACUCAAACAGCGCCGCAUAGAUGACCCAAUGUCCAACUUCAGUUAAAAGUCAACACAUGUAUGAUUACAAUAUCACAAGGCUGCAUAUCAGAUGACCACAAAAUUAAUUCUUAACAUUUGAAGGAUUUUUUUUAUUUUUUUUUAAAUUUGAAGAUGUAUAAAACUCAGUACAUGUAUUAUAGGGGUUUUUUGAAAAAAAUAUCCUUACAGAAUUUUUCAACAAAUUUGUUUUGAAAUUUAACAAAUUGAAUGGAACUUUAAACUUUUGCUUUGAAAAGACUCCAAAGGGAAAUAUAGAAUGCUACUUGUAGAACAUUUUCUGGCUCCUGCUCUUUAUCAGUGGCAUUGAAGAAAAAUUGUGUAGAUUCCAUGUCAUGUUUAUUUUAAAUGUCUUUAUACACAGUGUUUGAUCACGUCAUGUAUAGUACGACGUCAUAGAUACCACAACAUCAUAGUGCCAGCUAUUGAUUGAACUAUUUUUUGAAAGUUUUGAAUUUUGACAGUCAGAUAAUUAUAUUUAUAAAUUAGUUUAAUGUGUUCAUUGCAUUCAGAACCAUUGUUAGUGUUCUGUUUGAUAACGUUGUACAGUCAAAAUAAACGUGAACACAGAUCAUUUUCAUCACACCUUUUACAAAGUAGAAAUUUUGUGGCAUGAUAGUCUUCUGGGGAUGAACAUCAGCAACUGUGUAUUGUUUUACAGAGUGAGUGUGAAAUAUCUUGGAUGAUAUUAAUUUCAGUCAUUAGAACACAUACAGUAACACACAUGUAUGCACACUGGUGUGCAUAAGUAAAUAUUUCUCUUUGGGGCUGAAUACAAUGUAACUGUAAAUAUACAAUUCUGUAAAAGUGGAUAUAUUCUGUGUAAAUAGUUUGGAAACCAAUUUUUCACACAUGUACAGUUGCUGUGUGAAAAUGUUUACCUCCGCAGUACUGCUGCAAUAUACACACAGAAAUGUGUCAGUAUGUGAGUGUAUGUUUUCAUACUGAUUCAUUAAUCACACAAGUGAUAAUUUCCACUGCAGGAAAAUUUCCUUUUCGACAAAUUCAGGUUGUUAAGCCAGCUUAAAGUACAGGAUUAUAGCAAGCAAUAUGUUUAUCUGGUGUUUGGUUUCUAAAAAGCUUGAGUAUUGCUGAGUCUAAGGAAUAUGAACUCAAAAAAUAAAUGAAAAAUAACUUUUCUGGAAUCUCAAAAUCGGGUUUGGAAAUUUAGCUGAUAAUAUUAUAUGGAAUGUUGGUGAUGAGCAGUUGUAAGAUUUUUAUAUAUAAUUCUCUAUGGCUAUUGAGUGACUGUGUCGUUGAAAGUUACUGUCGUGUGAAAGUGUUUGACUGGUGUAAGUUAUCUUAAGAGAUUUUAUUUUAUUUAUCUUUUCAAACAAAUUUGUAGUACAAGGUAUCCAAUACUGGGUCACCAACCAUAUUUUAGUGUCAGCUUUUAUGCUUGUCAUAUUAACAAUCAUAAACAAUAUUGUAACUAUCUAUGAUAUGGUUUAAACAAGAACAGUUAGAACUGUACAAAAUGUAACAACAGAACUAAGAGUGACACUGAAUUAUCUAUUGUUAUCAGAGAGAAGGUCUUUGUUAUAGAUGAUAUUUCGUGAGGUUUUGUAGAUAUCAUUCAUGGACCAUUCAUUAUAUACAUACAGCAUUGCCAUCAAUUUAUCAAAUAAAUAUUUACAAUGUCA